AAACUUGUAAUUUAACCAAGUGAAAAAAGAACUUUCACCAUUUGAAUUGGUCUUACAUCCAAAAAGCGAAAAAGGAAUUUCCACGUGCCACGCUCUGAGUGGAUAUCUAGUUGAGACUGCAGUUCCCAGCUUUCACACAAACUCCCCUGCCCUCAAGCCUCUCAAACUGGUCGUUUUGAGUUUUGACCUAGCCAACCCCAUCCCGUUCCCCUUUUCUUUGCUGUUUUGUUCCUGUCUUGUGCGCUCGCUCCUUCUUGUUCAGGGAUCCCACUUCCGUCCCCCAAAAAAAAUACCAGAUCGCGCUUCCGGUCUUCUGCAAUGGCCGAACUCGCCACCGUCGACUCUCUCUCUUCUCUGGAGCUUAAGACUGCACCUGCAGAUUUCCGUUUCCCAACAACCAACCAAACCCGGCACUGCUUCACACGAUACAUUGAGUUUCAUCGGUGCGUUGCUGCAAAGGGGGAAGAUGCUGCAGACUGUCAGAAAUUCGCCAAAUUCUAUCGCUCUCUUUGCCCUGGUGAAUGGGUUGAGAAAUGGAACGAGCAAAGGGAGAACGGGACAUUUCCUGGACCUCUGUAGAGGGGGUGAAGAGAAUCAUUGUGCAGUUUGUUUUCAAGUGGUUGAAUGAGCUUUCAAUAUUUGCGUAACUGUAAUGUUCAAGUCGCAAGUUGAUUUGGCAAUAAAUUUUACUGCCAUGCACAUUUCGUUUGAAUUUUUUUGUUUCCCCUAGUUGGAUCCAACUGUUGGGACUGCCAUUUUCAGUCAACCAAAUAACGAGUUUGUUUGUUUAUUUGUUUGGCAUCGUUCUCACUUCUCUAUCUAUCCCUCCCUCUCGAGACCAUUGCUGUCUCAUUGUUUUCGACUUUCGUCGUAAUUGUCAUCACUACUGCAAGCAAGUGCUGAACUAGAGAUUC